GUGACCGCCCGCGCCCCUCCCCCUCCUUCUUUACCGGACGCCGCCGCGUCUCGUGGACCCCGUCACGUGCGCGAUUUACCGGCCCACGUGGGGCCGCUCGGGCCCGCAGCGCGGCCCCGCCCCGCCCAUGGCGUCACGCAACACAAUGCGUCCCUCCGCGUCCCUUCCCCGCGCCCCCGGGACAUUGACAGCGAAAUCCACCAAUCAACGGCGCGCCUGGCCUUCGCGCGCCCACGCCCCCGCCCACGAGUGCUGUGUCAUGCGGCGGGUGACAGGGGGUAGCUGCCAGCUGGCUGCGGAGGCGCAGGCCUGUUGCCAGAGGCCUCUCGGACUGCACGGCUGGCAUCUUGCCUUGGCUCAAGGCGGGCGUGUCCGCGUGGGGAGGGGCGGAGCAAGAAGUAAAUGUCGUUGGGGUCGGUAAGGAGCGUGGCGUUGUCGUUCUGCGGCCACAGCCGGCGUUGUUAUCGCGUCUGUCUGUCACAAGCACUCCUCCCUUGGGGCCUGCAAAUGAAGUAAGCAAACUGACGUAACCUCCCCUCCCGCUUCAGCUGAAAAGGACCCCGAUGCCGCCGCGAAAGGGCUGCCAAGGAGAGCAGUUCGGUGGGCGGGUGUUGGUGCCGUUACGGUGUAACGGACACGUCCCUUCUCGAAUGGUGUCCAAAGGUGCAGCCCACAACCCAAUCUGCAGCGGGCAAGGGCGGGGCAACGAGGGGCGGGCGAAAGGCUGCCCUAUUUAAGAGGCAAAUCUUGCAGCCAACUGGCAGAAAGGAAGAAGGGGUGGGAGCAAGCGAGGGUUGCGCAGAGGGUAAUGGUGACCGAUGACAGUCAGCAAGUACAGCAAAUCAGUGAGAGAGUAGUGAUGCGACAGUCCAAUUAGAAGCUCCGGGAGGUGGCUCAUCCUCUAUGAUUGACGUGGAUCGUGGCUAAUGGGCGGGGAGGUCUCCGAGGCUCUUCCCAAUGGGUGGCUUGCAGGGGCGGAAAGGGGAGAGGAGGAUGAAGACGAGCAGGCAGAAUGGCCAAUCAGCAAGGGAGCUGGCGGGACGCCGUCCAAUGGGCGGCGCGAGGGGCGGCGCGGGGGCGUGUCUCGGUGUGUUUGGGUUCGUGCUCCUCGGGGGAGGGAGACGGCGGCGAGGAAAGUUUUUUUUUUCCUUUUUUUUUUUUUUUUUUUAAAUUUUCCCCGGUGGGGGUUUGGAGGCUGGGGGGGGGGCAUUUUUCGCAGCUUCUUCGCGUUUGUUUCCUGGGUUUGUGUUUCCCGGGCAGGCGGGCGGACCCGCCCCCGGCACUGAGAAGAAGGGGUCUCAGCGCACCGCGGCGGCGCCUCAGCGGGUUUUGUUUUUGCACUGAAUGUAGCCAGGACGGAUCCUUGUGGGCUUUGGCAGCCCUUGGAAACUGUCAAAGGCAGUAUUUUGCAUUUCUGCAGAGCUUUGCACAGAUCCUGUUCCCAUGCAAACUGAUGAGGGAGAAAUACUGGAGGAAGGCAGUCCCAAGGUCAGUGAGAGAGAAGGAGCAAGAAAGGGAAGAACAGUUAAUGGAAGACAAGAAAAGGAAGAAAGAGGAUAAGAAAAAGAAGGAAUCUGCUCAGAAGGUCACAGAUCAAAAAACCAAAGUGCCCGAAGUGACGAAACCAAGUUUAAGCCAACCAGUGGCUGCCAGCCCAAUUGGCAACUCUCCAUCGCCACCAGUCAAUGGUGGCAACAAUGCCAAAAGGGUGGCAGUGCCGAACGGACAACCGCCAAGCGCCGCCCGCUACAUGCCUCGGGAGGUGCCGCCGCGAUUCCGUUGCCAGCAGGAUCACAAAGUGUUACUGAAACGUGGGCAGCCCCCUCCGCCAUCCUGUAUGCUCCUUGGGGGUGGAGCAGGGCCUCCUCCCCCAACAGCACCAGGAGCAAACCCAAACAACGCACAACCAGUGACAGGAGCACUGCUGCAGAGUGACAGCGGGACUGCAACAGAUUCAGCAAUUGGAGGUGCUGCUGCUUCAAAUUAUGCAAAUUCCACUUGGGGUCCUGGAGCCUCUUCCAACAGCGGCACCAACGCCAACCCAACUCACAUCUGGGACAAGGUGAUUGUAGACGGGUCUGACAUGGAAGAGUGGCCUUGUAUUGCCAGCAAAGAUGCUGAGUCUUCUUCCGAAAACACCACCGAUAACAACAGUGCCUCAAACCCUGGCUUGGAGAAGAAUGCUCUGCCAGGAAGCACCACUAGUAACAAAGGAAAAGGAAGCCAGUGCCAGUCUGGAAGCGCUGGAAACGAAUGUAAUCUUGGGGCCUGGAAAUCUGAUCCCAAGGCUAAAUCUGUUCAAUCUUCCAACCCUGCUGCCGAGAAUAACAAUGGACUAGGUAAUUGGAGGAACUUGAGUGGGCAGGACAGAAUUGGUCCCGGUUCUGGCUUCAGCAACUUUAACCCAAAUAGCAACCCAUCUGCUUGGCCGGCACUGGUUCAAGAGGGAAAUUCUAGGAAAGGGACUUUGGAAUCUGAUAGUGGUAGCUCCAAUGCACAGAUUAGCACAGUAGGUCAGACCUCUAGGGAACAGCAGUCAAAGAUGGAAAAUGCGGGUGUUAACUUUGUCUCUGGCAGAGAACAGGCUCAAAUCCAUAACACUGAUGGACCAAAAAACGGAAACACUAACUCCUUGAACUUAAGUUCACCAAACCCUAUGGAGAAUAAGGGAAUGCCCUUUGAAAUGGGCUUGGGGAACCCUUCCAGGAGCACUGACACCCCUUCACAAAGCACUGGAGAAAGAAAGAAUGGGAGUGUUGGAUCUUGGGGUACAGCUAGGGGGUCUUCUGGAACUGACACAGUCUCUGGACAAAGCAAUUCUGGAAACCAUGGGAACAAUGGAAAGGAUAGAGAGGACUCCUGGAAAGGAGCUUCUGUUCAAAAACCUAAUGGGUCAAGAAAUGAUUCUUGGGAUAACAAUAACCGGUCUACGGGUGGUGGGUCUUGGAACUUUGGCCCUCAGCAUGCAAAUGAAAGCAAAUGGGGUGAAGGGAACAAAUUAACAUCUGGGGUCUCUCAGGGAGAAUGGAAACAGCUGUCUGGGUCUGAUGAACUGAAGAUUGGAGAAUGGAGUGGUCCAAACCAACCAAAUUCUAGCACUGGAGCAUGGGACAAUCAAAAAGGCCACCCUCUUCCUGAAAACCAAGGCAAUUCCCAGGCUCCCUGUUGGGGAAGAUCUUCCAGCUCUGCAGGAAGUGAGGUUGGAGGUCAAAGCACUGGAAGCAACCACAAAGCAGGAAGCAGUGACAGUCACAAUUCUGGACGCCGAUCAUACAGGCCUACACAUCCUGAUUGCCAGGCAGUCUUGCAGACUUUGCUGAGCAGGACUGAUUUGGACCCUCGAGUGCUUUCAAACACUGGCUGGGGCCAAACUCAAAUUAAGCAAGAUACUGUGUGGGAUAUUGAAGAGAUGCCACGGCCUGAGGGGAAGUCUGAUAAAGGAACUGAGGGGUGGGAGAGCUCUGCCACACAGACAAAGAACUCAGGGGGCUGGGGCGAUGUACCCAGCCAAAGCAAUCAAAUCAAGUCUGGAUGGGGUGAGCUCUCAACCCCAACGGAGUGGAAGGACCCCAAAAAUACUGGAGGAUGGAAUGACUAUAAGAACCCAAAUUCUUCUAACUGGGGAGGAGGAAGACCAGAAGAAAAAUCAUCUUCCUCUUGGAAUGACAACUCUAGUAAGGAUCAGGGGUGGGGUGGACGGCAACCUAAUCAAGGAUGGUCUUCUGGGAAGAACGGUUGGGGAGAGGAAGUUGACCAAACGAAAAACAGCAACUGGGAAAGUACAGGAAACAAGCCAGUGUCUGGUUGGGGUGAAGGUGGGCAAAGUGAGAUUGGAACUUGGGGUAAUGGUGCAAAUACAAGCACUGCUUCAAAGGGCGGAUGGGAUGAUUGUAAAAGAACUUCAACAUGGAAUGAGACGGGUCGACAGCCCAACUCCUGGAACAAGCAGCAGCAGCACCAGCAGCAGCAGCAGCAACAACAGGAGACUUCAAGUUCCUGGGGUCCACCGCCCCAAGCACCGAGCAAUGGGCGACCUGCAAACUCAAACUGGAACAAUGGACCACAGCCAGCUGCCCCCAAGGAAGAGGAGCCUAGUGGCUGGGAAGAACCUUCUCCACAGUCAAUCAGUCGGAAAAUGGAUAUUGAUGAUGGCACUUCGGCGUGGGGAGAUCCUAGCAGUUAUAACUACAAGAAUGUGAACCUGUGGGACAAGAACUCACAAGGAGGACAGGCCCCACGGGAGCAGAGCCUGCCUACUCCAAUGACUAGCAAAUCACAAGCAUCAGUCUGGAGCAAAAGCACUCCACCUGCUCCAGAUAAUGGUACGUCCGCCUGGGGUGAGCCAAAUGAAACCAGUCCCGGGUGGGGUGAAGUAGAUGAUACAGGAGCAUCGACAACAGGCUGGGGGAAUGCACCUUCCAACACCCCGAAUGCCAUGAAAUCCAGUGAGUACAGGCCAGGUUCUAAAUCUAUGCAAGAUGGCUGGGGAGAGAGUGAUGGGCCAGUGACAGGAACACGUCAUUCCAGCUGGGAAGAGGAGGAGGAAGGAGGAGUCUGGAACACAGCAGGCUCUCAGGGAAGCAGUUCCUCCCACAACUCAACAAGCUGGGGGCAAGGAGGAAAGAAAACACAAAUGAAGUGCGCAUUAAAAGGCGGAAAUAGCGAUUCAUGGAUGAACCCUCUGUCCAAACAGUUUUCAAAUAUGGGCUUGCUAAGUCAAACUGAGGACAUUCCAGGCAGUAAGAUGGACUUGUCUGUAGGUGGUCUCCCAGAGAAGAAGUUUGAGGUGGACAAACGAGCCAUGAAUCUCGGGGAUUUUAAUGACAUGAUGAGGAAGGAUCGAUCUGGGUUCCGUCCACCUAAUUCCAAAGACAUGGGAACCACAGACAGUGGGCCUUAUUUUGAGAAGCUGACUUUGCCUUUCUCCAAUCAAGAUGGGUGCCUUGGGGAUGAGGCUCCCUGCUCUCCCUUCUCCCCUUCUCCCAGCUACAAGCUGUCUCCCUCUGGUUCCACACUAUCCAACGUCGGCCUUGGGGCAAUCGGCUCAGGGCUCAGUCCCCAAAACUUCGCUGCUAGACAAGGUGGCAAUCAUGGUUUGUUUGGAAACAGCACAGCACAAUCGAGGGGCAUGCACACACCAGUGCAGCCACUAAAUCCUUCCCCCAAUAUCCGGGCGCAAGUGCCUCCCCAAUUUCUUUCUCCCCAGGUUUCGGCCUCCAUGCUCAAACAGUUUCCCAACAGUGGCUUGAAUCCUGGUCUCUUCAAUAUGGGCCCCCAGCUUUCUCCACAACAGAUUGCCAUGCUGAGCCAGCUUCCACAGAUCCCCCAGUUUCAAUUAGCAUGUCAGCUCCUCCUGCAGCAGCAGCAGCAGCAACAGCUGUUACAGAGCCAGAGGAAGUUAAACCAAGCUGUGCGACAGCAGCAAGAGCAACAGAUUGCUCGUAUGGUGAGUGCCCUCCAGCAGCAGCAGCAGAGACAGCCUGGCAUGAAGCAUUCACCAUCCCACCCUGUUGGGCCUAAGCCACAUUUAGACAGCAUGGUACCCAAUCCUUUGAAUGUGGGUCUCUCAGAUUUACAGACCAAAGGGCAAAUACCUGGAUACGGUUCAGGCUUUGGUUCAAGUGGCAUGGACUAUGGCAUGGUAGGAGGAAAAGAGGCUGGAACAGAAUCCCGCUUUAAGCAGUGGACUAUGAUGGAAGGGCUGCCCUCUGUGGCUUCACAAGAUGCCAAUAUCCACAAAAAUGGUGCAAUAGUGCCCCCUGGAAAGGCUCGUGGAGGAUCGCCCUACAACCAGUUUGAUAUAAUUCAGGGCGACCCACUGGGUGGCCAUGCAGGCCCUGCUGGUGAUAGUUGGUUACCUGCCAAAUCUCCACCAACAAGCAAGAUCGGAAGCAAAUCCAGCAACGCCAGCUGGCCUCCAGAGUUCCAACCAGGAGUGCCAUGGAAAGGUAUUCAAAACAUUGACCCUGAAUCUGACCCCUAUGUGACCCCUGGAAGUGUGCUGGGGGGGACAGCCACAUCUCCCAUUGUAGAUACUGACCACCAACUUCUGCGGGACACCACCACAGGGUCUAAUUCUUCCCUCAACACCUCGCUGCCUUCACCUGGUGCCUGGCCCUACAGUGCCUCUGACAAUUCCUUCACCAACGUUCAUAGCACUUCAGCAAAAUUUAGUGAUUACAAAUCAACAUGGUCCCCGGAUCCCAUUGGACACAAUCCCACUCAUCUCUCCAACAAGAUGUGGAAAAACCAUAUUUCCUCAAGGAACACUACAGGGCUGCCCCGCCCACCUCCUGGCCUGACCAACCCCAAACCAUCAUCUCCAUGGAACAGCACAGCACCCCGAUCGGUCAGGGGUUGGGGGACACAGGACUCAAGGCUUGCCUCUGGUGAGAAGAAUCAGCUGCUAGCACCAUUGAUCAGACCUGAGGAGUGUACGUUUUACAGCACUUACGGUUUGGAGGAAAGAAAAUUGCAGUUGUCUGCAUCUACUUGGAGUGAUGGUGGCUCAGUUCGUCCUAGCUACUGGCUGGUUCUUCACAAUCUCACUCCACAGAUCGAUGGGUCAACCUUGAGGACGAUCUGCAUGCAGCAUGGCCCACUGCUGACAUUCCAUCUGAACCUGACCCAGGGCACCGCUCUUAUCCGAUACAACACCAAACAGGAGGCGGCCAAGGCCCAGACUGCACUGCACAUGUGUGUGUUGGGAAACACUACCAUCCUGGCUGAGUUUGCCACAGAUGAAGAGGUUAGUCGCUUUCUGGCACAAGCUCAGCCCCCUACACCUGCAGCAACUCCAAGUGCACCCACAGCAGGCUGGCAAUCCCUGGAGACAGGACAGAACCAGACAGAUCCAGUUGGACCUGCGUUGAAUCUCUUUGGUGGGUCAACAGGGCUUGGGCAGUGGAGCAGUGGUGGCGGCAGCAGCAGCAGUGGGAGUGAUCUCACUGGCGCUUCGUUGUGGGGGCCUCCAAACUAUUCUUCAAGCUUGUGGGGGGUCCCGAGCGUAGAGGAUCCACACAGAAUGGGCAGCCCUGCUCCCUUACUACCUGGAGACCUUCUGGGAGGAGGGUCGGAUUCAAUCUGAACUUAGAACUUUCAACUCUGACCUCGUGACCUUUUUUGGAACAGCAGCAGCACUAACUUGACCUUCUCGUUUUUUUCAACUUGCAAUAAAUACAUUUAUAAAAGGAAAAAAAAGAAAAACAGAGAGAGGAAAAAAAAAAGGUGGGUCAUUGACAGACUGUCUGAGCACAUAGUUGCCUCCCUUAUAUAACUUCAGUUUUUUCGUUUGGAAUAUGAAUCCAAAAAAGAGAACAUAUCACUCUUGAAAUACUUGAAUCAUGAACGCCAACCUAGAAAGACAAUGUGAAGCAAGUACACAUACCAUUUAAAUUUAAACACACACAACAAAAAAAAAAAUUAAAAAAAUUAGUUUCUAGUUUUUCACUUUUUCAUGUUAUACGGAAGUUGUUGCUAAGAAACAUAUAUACUGAAAAAAUAGCUUUUUAACUUUGUUUGCACUGGGUGUGUUUCCGUCCUUAGGUCUACCAUGUUGGGUUGGGGUAGGGGAAGGGGUUCAAAUGAAAACAAGGGGGAAGGGGGGGGAGGGGAAGACUUGACGGAGCCUCACUUUAAAAAAAAAAAAAAAGAAAAACCACAAAAAAAACCAAAACAUAAAAAAAAAAAAAGUUAAAAAAAUAAUUAAAAUUACAAAACCUGCAAAAAAAAAAAAAACCAACAACAAAAAACAAACCACCCAACCAAAACAGAAAACAAACAAACAAAACAAAAAAACCAACACUUUGUGAUUGGCUGGUUGAUAAGUACCAGUGUGUUCUGGCACAUGUAACUGCCCACGUGUGCUUGUUUCUGUGUGAGUGCAUGUGCACAUGUUCCUGUGUGUGCAUUUGUUUUCUCUCUCUCUAUAGAAUCUUGAAACGCUGCAGUGCUGAUGGUCUACGGGCUGGCUGGCCAUCUGCCUGUUUUGGUUCUGAAAACAAGGCAGGCUUGGUGGAGUCCCUGUGGCUGAAGCAGAAUCCAGUUGGGCUGGAUUAUAAUUUGUCAGUAGAUCUUUUUUAAAUUGAUUUUAGUAGGGUGCUAUCUCAAGUCUGCAGAUCAUACUGAGUGGGUAGUUGCUUCCUAGCCCUUGUUCUAACUCUGUGGUAGAGCAGAACACUGCCAUAUCCAAAGGAUUUGGUGAGAAGGGAGCCAGUGUUGUCUUUUGAGUAGCAGUGUAUUUAUUUAUUUAUGUCUGCAUGUGGGGUUUUUGUACUGAGUGAACCCUAGAAUGUUUGUUCUAUAAUGCAAGCCAUUUUUUUAAUUCCAACGAGGGUAAAAGCAGAGGGAAGAGGACAUUGCCAUUUUUUGUGCACCUGCAACAAACGUUCUCAUCCAGUCUCUCGCAAGGUUCACUACCUUCAAAGCAAACGUUUCUUUUCUCCCCUAAGCAUAAAUAGGCACCCAUAUUCAUUCUUGAGGAAUCCAUCAAAAGCUUGAAAGUCCAGCCCAACCAAAUUAGCCUUUUAAUUGAUUUACUGCUUGUAUUAAAACUGACAAUAACUAAAUGGUGUCAGCAAAUGGCUGGCCAGCCUGCCUCAUCUCCUGAAAGCACAUGCAGUUAACUCCUUCCUGCGUCCUUCAUGGUGAGCGUUACCUGUGCCAGGCCUUGGUGUAUUACAGCACCAGACCAUCACUGACAGAAACGUUUACUUACGAAUGUUCUUAAAACCAGUGUGUACUUCAAACGUUUCCCUUUGUUUCUCUGUGUUGUGUUUUUUCCUGUGUACGUGGGUUUGCUUAGGGAGGUAUAUAACUAGCAAAGACUUUUUUUAAAGAGGAAAAAAAGUAUUGCACCUUUUUUUGUUUUUACUUUUUCUGUACUGUUGCUUUUUAAUUUCUGUAUUUAAGGAAAGGUUUGGGGUUUUUUUCUGUUUUAGCAUCAGUGUAGUAGUACGCUGGGCAGGAUAGGAGUGACCUAUAAUCCACAGUGGUAGCCAGUGUGUGCAUGCUUGUGUGUGCUGGGAACAAAACUUUAAAGACCUGUUUUCUGUGGAAAGACUUGUAGCAGACUUGAAGGAACAUCCCUUGACACAAAGUAGGAAGUCUCUCACAGGGGUGGGACUGGGAAAAGAGGGAAGAGAGAUGCUGGUACUUUCUCCAUAAGUGCUAGGACUUCCAUGUGGUGGUGUCUAGCUGUUACACUGUCUAACAAAGUGCCGACGUUCUGUACCAGCACUUACCUGUCCAUUCCAGCCCUCAGCAGGAGCAGUGCUCAGGCUUUACUACCCGGGGGGGGGGGGAGUAGGGAAGUCUUUCUUGAGCAUUUUCAUUGAAGGAUAUGGCAGUGUCUAAUACAUUUAACACUGAGCAUGGGUUGGGUGGGGAGAACUAAAAGCAGAUUCAAGUAACGUAGGGGUACGUGUGAGUGUGUGUGCGUGUGUGUGUGCCUGCGUGCUGGGGGUGGGAGGGAAGGGAUAGGGUGUUGCGUGGCUUCUUUUCAUUCACCCUUUCUGUGUAAACCCAGUGUCAUAAGGAAGACUGACUGAGGGAAAUGCUGCAUAUACACAUGCCUGUAGAUUUGUAUGCAAAGUGUUAGGUGACAAAAAGUACGAGUAGGUUUGUAUUUGUUCAGUAAACUGGAGUGUGCAGCAUACUCUGGCCCCUUCUGAAUAUACUUUUUCUAUCAUGACUCCUAUUUCAUCAGUCCCACCAUGCACAAAGAAACAAAACGCUCUUUUCCAGCUCCUGCUAGCUAGUGCCCCUGCCUGCACAUGUCCAUCAAGCUUUGUUUCUGCUAGUCUCUGCUCAAAGACCAGCUGCACUGGGACACACAGAGCAGGUACUUAAAAAGUCCUGUGCCAGCAGUACUUCCUAGUGAAGCACCUUUGGCCUGAGGAAGCCAGUAUGCAUUCUGUCACACUAUUUGCUCUAUACACGCUGGUUCAUGGCUGUGUUCCACCUUCACUUCUCUCUCCCAACCUGCCCUUAGGUCCCUUUUCCUGCACUUUGGGCUAUCUAUGAGUUCACUGCGAUACUACGGUGAAAGCCGGGUGCUAGAGCCCCUCUUGUUUACAAGACAUAAUGAGGGAUUUGAAAUAUUAAAAAAGCUAAAUUGUUCUUCCAUUGUAAGUUUAAAGGGAAAAAAAAAAUUAAAGCAUACAAAAAAAAAAAAAAGACCAAAAAGUGCAUAUAUAUAUAUAUAUAUUUUAGAUGAAGACUAACUCUGGGAGCAUUUAACAGUGUUUUUGUUUUUAUUUUAACAUUUUGUUUUCCUGCUUUAAAUUUGCAAGCAUUCUCAGGAAUUCUAGGGUAGGAAGCCAGUUUUUUGAAGAUGGUUUAUUUAACCUUAUCCUAGAUAGAUGGCUGUUUCUUGUUGAUAAACUUUUACAAGUUCCUGAAUCUUCAAAAAUGUUUGAAAGUUUUUACUUUAAAAUAAAAAUGCUUAAAAAAGAAAAAAAAACUUUAAAAAAAAAAAAAGAAAGAAAAAGAAAAAAAAAAGUCUCCAAAAGUUACUGUCAAGCGAGGGAUCAAGAAUUUUAAAGACAUACAAAUUAAAAAUACAUUAAGAAAACUUAACCAAUAUCAGCAACAGAAAUUCAUUGUAAUCUUAAACAAGUUGUGGGAGAAGAAGGAUUAUCAUUUAUAGUGCUUUGUUAACUCAUGCAGACAUGUGUGCAGUUGCAUGGAGAAGAGAAGUGUGUGAAUGGAAAUCCACCACUUUGUUCUCUCUGGACUGAAUCUAAACAAAAAUACUUUUUCCAAGCACCUUGUAAAAAACAAAAUGAAACUCAACCUAAUUAAAUGCAGUAUAGUUCAACCGAAAGAGUCCUCAGCUAGGACUAACAGGAAAUAUGUGAUGGUGCUUCUUUAAAUCACUUUUAAGUAGUGCUAAAGAAAACCAGUGCUGACUAUACCCAGUAAUGAAGUAGUUUUAUUAUUCUGCCUUUUUCAGUAACUGAAAAAGAGAGAAUGUGGACAAGCUCCAAUGAAAUGUACGUUAGAAAUCAGCAUCCCUGUUUUUCAGAUAUUGGGUCAGUUUAUUCUCCACUUGGAAAUUUGCUGCUUGUUUUUUCUUCCAUCCACCCCACCUCCCAGUCUUUCUGUUCUAUUUUAUAUGAGGGAAAUACAUGUUAAACUCUUCUGUUCACCCUAUUGCUGCUGGCUGUCAGGGCUUACAGUCUUGAAUUUCAGAGUUCAGUGUUGGGAUGGCCAACUUCUGUCUCCUAGCUCUAAGGGUCAGGGGCUUAUUCUGCCUGGAAUGGCUAGGCUCAAACCACAAAAAACCGCGCUAGUGCCUUUUUACAUGCACCUACAUGCCCUACAGUAGGGGAAGGGAGGGAAGAUGAGGCAAAGUGAGGCAGUAUAGCCACUUUGUGGAAAUAGUUGUACCUGUUCUUACAGAAAAAGAGCUUGCUGCAUAAGCAUGUUGUGCAAUUAGCUACAUAACAGUAGUUGAGAUAACUUCUCAUUAUUAGAAAGCAAAUCCGAUGCCAAAAUCCUGUCCUUUUCAUAGCAGUUGCCCAUGUUCUCAUGUUGUGCUGCUUGUGUUCAUAUGAGUUGCAUACAUAUGUUGAAAAUGCAUCAGUAAGCUUUCAAAGGAAGAAAAUACUCCUGUCAUGAGCCAGUAAGAGGGAUUACUUUAUAGAGAGUUUGGGGGUUUUUUUUAAAUCGUUAUUUUAUUUUAUGGAGGGAAUUUCAAUGUGAGUGCUUUGCCCCAGAGCCUGUGUGUUUUAUCAGUGUCCUAAAAGAGAGGAUGUUGGAGAAUUUAGCCAAAAAGAGCCCAGGACCUUGACAAUGCCUUGAAGUGGUAGGUUGUGGACAGUCAGAGAUUCAUCAGUCUGCUGGUUCCAAACCUAGUGUAAUCUGCUCCUCCUUUCUCCAAACCAGCAAGCCUGCAGACUGUCUCCUCAGCAAUACUUUUCUGAAAUUGUUAAAGCAACAUUAAUCUGUUUUCCCACUACAGUUAACAAUUCUUUUCCUUUCCAAAUUAUACAUAGCUAACUGUGAUGUUACUAGUAUGGAUUAGUCGUGGCACUGCUGCCCAUUGUGAAUGACCCUGAGCGUUGUGCUAGGCAGACUCAUCUGGGGACAACAUUGUCAUAAUUGUUCUACCAUUUGAACACAUAACAGCAAAAAUUCAGCAGGAAUCCAUGUUAGGCUAUUUCUAGGCUUUCACAGAGCUGUUCAGGAAGGGAACUGGUAACAGUACCUUGUUGAAACAUAAUAACAAGGUAGGGAAAUGAGGCUGGGGAAAGCACAGCCUGGAAUAGACUAUGAUAAAAAUCAAACAUCUUUCAUUGAGAAACACUUCUCUAUCUCAAGUGACAAAGAGAACCUUUUUAAUCACUCUUUGUUUUGGUUUUCCAGGUUGUACAGUUGAAACAUAUACAGACUUCAUAGGUGCUUUUAGCAUCCUUGGUUUUUUCCUUCACUGCUCAAUUUGUAAAAAUAAGAAAAAAGCAGUCUUCGAAGUGAAUUUGUUACCAGCCACUUUGCUUACCCCAUCCUGCAGUGUGUGUAUCGAGAAGAGUUUUCUAGUGUGUUUGAUAAUUCUUUGCUCCAUUUGAGUAUUUCAUUCUAUCAAUAACAAAAUCUAGCAAGCUAAAAAUAAGGAUAAAAAAUGAUGGGGAACAGCUCAGAAACAUGUGUUGACAUCUCCUGAUACUUUGGAAAGCAGUCAUUAGUACCAUUGUACUUCAGAAGACUUGCCAUCUUUUCCCAGUGUUUUUAUGCUUGUGCCAGGACUCCUGCCCAGAGUGGGUUUCUUGUUGGUUUGGGGCUUUUUUGCAAUCACAGGGUAUCAGCUUUUUCUUACAAGCUUUUUUAUUUUGCUUCUCAUUAAGUGGCUUGUGUAGUGACCAGGGAUAUUAAGCCAAGUGGAGGUGGGGGUAUUUCCCCUGUGCAAUAUAAACAGGAGAUUUACAACAAACUGGCUGGGAUAACGACCUCCAAGUUUGAAGUAACAGUUGAAUUCUUUACAUAUUAAGUAAAUUUUAAUUUUUUUCCCAUUACAUUUCUAAGAGUUUAUUUCUUAGAACUUUCCCCCACUUCUUUCUUCCUAAAAAUGCUGGCACAUCUUCCACUGUGUCUUAGUAGUGCAUCUGAACAGUACUGUAGGGUUGUUUGGUUUGAGGGUUUUCUUGCUUGUUUGGUGGGUUUUUUUUGCUUCAUUCUUUUUUAUGUUUACCUCUUAGGCUUGUAAGCAUGUUGCAUAUUGUUUUCCUGUUGACUUUAUGAUACUCAAAUUUGGCCAAGUCUCGUCCAGGAAAUCAGGAGUAAUCCUCAUGUGGUAAUAAUAGUCCUGCUGACCUUAAAUGAGUGAGUACUGCUUGGGUAAGGGCUCUUUAAGUCAACCAUAACUGGAUCAGGGCCAGAUGAGGACCUGUGUAUUUCCAGUGCAGCAAAUAUCCGUGUUGUGUAUAUCACAUUCACUGUAAAUCACAUGAGCUCAGUAUCCAGGUUUCUUGAGUGGAUUGAAAUGCUGGCUUUGUGGUGGAUGGUUAGCAUCUCAGGGUAUGAGUCUUGAUUGAGUUAAAGGUAUUUUCUUCUCUUCAAAGAGAUAAGGUUUCCCUAGGAGAAGCAGCUUUCUUAAUUGUAAAUAGGCAUGCUUGUAUUUGUGGGCAGAAAAAUAAUGCCAAGAAAACUGAAGUUGAAAUUAAUACUAAAAAAAACCCAUUUUUUUAAACCCCAGACAAUGCUGUUGAAGUGCAGCUUUGGUCCUGAGUCUGAAACAACAUAUGCAGAAUGUGGUUUGUCAAAAUCGAUUUUGCACAGAAUACCAUUUCAGUUCUCUGUUUUCUACUGUUUUGCAAUGUUGGGAACUGUUAGUGUUAGCUAGAUCAUACCAGUUGUUCCUGUGGUGAUCGAAAUACAGAAGUCUAAAACCCAAAUCUCUUCCUUCACCUCCAGUACUAGGCUUCCACCUGUGGCAGAAGGGUUUUUCCCAACGUAGGCAGAGGCGGUUUUCCUUGUUAACCUGAAUUCACAUCCAAACCUAGAAGAGCAAAAAUUAUGCUGAAGCAGAGCUGUUGUUUGGGCUUGAUGACAGGAGCCUCACUGGAGGGUUUUAGCAGCCUUGAUAGUUCAUGUCCCUCACGAUGUUAUGCGUAAGUGUCCAAUCACUGUAAAUACCAGUGUUGCUGAAUUUUACCAAAGUUCUCCUGCAGUAGGUAAUAGGAAUCUGGUACAUUUUGUAGUGACUCACCAAGAAGAGCUUUGUCUACAGUAGAAUUCAAGAGUCUGUCUACAUUGCUGUUAAAGCUGAGUCAGGGUCCUGUUUAAAAUAUAGCUCUCUAUUUUGUGCUGUUAUGUGAGACUUUAAACUUUGUACUAACUAUAGCUUCUAGUUCUUAUAUGGAAAGUGAUUUAAAGUUUCAUCUCUGCUAUGAAAAGCACCACAGCUCCUGAUAGUUUGGAGUCUAUUUUAAAUCUGUUGUCAGGCCAGGAUAGAUGCAGCUUAAUUUGUGGCAUGCAGCAGACAACAUCUAUUUGUAUUCAUCCUUUGCGUGUGUGUUGCUUUUCAUUGAGCUAUGCAGGAAGAUCUUUCUCUGACAGUCUCCCCGAGUCCUAUGCUAUAGAAUCUCGCUUCUGGCAAAUGGAGUGCCCUCUGCAAAGAGCCAUUGUAGCCCUUUAUGUGUGACAGUUGGAACUGGUGUGAACACUCAGCAGUGUUAGGGCUCCUGUUAACUUUGUAGUGAGAAAGGGAGGUUUUUGACUUUAUUCUGAUAGCCUUUCUGUUCAUGAAUACAGAGUGCUCCAGGGAAAAAGAAGAUGGAAAAAAAGAUGAAAGGGAGAAUGCAUUGUGCCAGUCAAUGUUAAGUAUUUUUGAAGCAGACAUUCUUAAGUGUGGUGGGCAGAGGGAAAGAGAAGAGACUGGAAAAGUUUGCAUGGAUGCACAAUACAAGGAGUCAGUGCUUAGCAAGAAAUGUUUCCUUGAGCACCAAAUGCCUCCUCUUGGGUAUUAGUGUGUGUGUUGCUGCAUUCACAGAACUAACUUCCUUGUGUCUGGUUGUUGGGAUUUUUUAAUGUUUCUUUUAAUACAAAGUGGAGGCUUCUCCUGUUUCAGACAAAACACAACCGUAAGUGAACAUUUUCUUCAUCAUUUACUGUUGAGCAGUAAGAGCAGGUUGCACAGCUUGUUAGAGAGUAGCUAUUUUAGUGACAUGGUUAUGAUGAUAUGUGCUUUCUUUCCUGUCCCUCUCCCUGCCAGAUAUGGCUCACCCUUUCUGUAUAAGGCGCUGCGUGGGGUUUUUUUGUUUUGUUUUGGGAACGUGUGGAGAAAAGAAGCAAAAUGAAGUGAAAAUGCAAGCCAAGGUAGAACAGCCUUACUUUAGGGGGUAGCCUUACAACAGAGCUUUAUAGUGAGUGUGCUGUAUUCCAAAAUACGUAAGCCAAAAACAAAAAAGCAUUUCAUUUAUGCAAAAAAAAAUAUAAAAAGAGGUGUUGGAAGACUUCUUUAAUAUGUACCUUCUAAAGGUAGAGUAAGGUCUCACCAAGUGACAUGUUAUUGUGAUACUUCUUGCUGGGUCAGUAGGGAUGGGUUGGGGUCUAAGCGCUUAACUAUUUUUUUCUUCAUGUUUUUACAAGCAGUAAGUUAAAUGUGGUAUUGAUGAAUGUGCCUUUGUGAGUAUAGUGACUAAUUGAAGAGACCACUUGGGCUGGAGUGGGGAGACAAUGGUCAAUUCUUUCAAGAGGUCAGACACGGAGAUUGCAGCCCACUGGUCCCUUUUGGCAAGCAGCAUCUUUGGGCUGGUCUCUACACUGCACAAUACGUAUUCAUAUGUGGUAGAGAUUGGGGUGGGGGGGUGCAAAGGGAUGUCAUGUGAUGCACAGAAGCUGUAGAUAGUUUUAGGCUAGUCUGCUGUUGCAGGUUGAGUUUGUAUCUGUAUUAUGUGGCUUCUCUUUAUGUUCAUGCGCAUGAGUGUGAGUGUGCGUGGCUUUAUUUUUUGUAAGCACUGGAGAAUUGAAACAGUGAUGUUUGAGACAAAUUUAUACAUGUAGAGAAGAUGAUGUUUUGUAGCUUCUGUUAAAUAGUGGAUGCAGGCACACUUUUGCCCUCUCUGUCCAUGUCCUGGUAAGAGAAACAGGAAGUUUGGUUUUUUUUUUCCAACCCUUCAACUUCUAGCACACUUAACGUUGCCAUUUAAAUGAACAGGGUAUUACACAAGAAGAAAAAAAAAAGUUUUUGAAAUGGUGAGGUAGAAGUGUUUAAAGAGAAAAAAAAAAAUAUCUGAAGUAAUUUUUUGUUUCUUUGAAGCUGUUUGUAGCUAAACAUGGGAAUCUGCAGUGUCUCCUUCCAUUUGUUUUUGGUUGUUUUCUAAUAAUUCACCUCUUUAUCCCACCAAAAACAUGAGGUGUACAAGAUCAAGAGCUGUUGCUGUAGCCCUUCGUAAUUCCCACCCUGAAAGAAACUCCAGUGGGAUCCCUCAGCUCUCUUCAGGAAGACAAAGAGAGGAGAGACUCUGCAGUUUUCUUUGCUUCGCUCUCAUUCCUCUCUAAUGGCCUUGAAAUGUAUUAUUAUGCAAAUGUGAAUUUUGAUACUGAACUUAAGAAGAGGUUGUUUGUUCUUUUUUCAAAAAAAAAAAAAAGGUCCCAUAUGUGGUUGGCAUUGCUUCUUUAUUUUGUAAGUGAAUUGUAAACUAUGCAUUCUGCAAAGGGGGCGCAGGGGACAAAGGCAGCUUUGCUAAACUGUUUAAGAGUUUCUGUGUCCAUGGUAUAGCCAUUGUUGCUUGGGGAAGUGGGGAGGUGAUGACUUUGACAUAAAAAGAGUUGAUGAGAACCUUUUUUUUUUUGUUGCUCCAGAAGUUGACCAGUAGGUAACAGGGCAGAGGUUUGGAAAACUGAUGUUGACUGCAAAACAAAAUCAGCUCUAAACUGCGCAGGAUUGUGCAUUGUAGCCAUGCAGUGUUAAGCCAGGGCCAAUAGCGUAAAUGGGACAACAGCUCUACCUGGGAAACUGUCUGCCACCUCCUGUGUCCUGGCCCUUGUCAAGCUCAGGAAACACAGUGCCAUAAGCACUGUCUUUUUUUUUUGCUCUUAAUUUCCUAUCUGUUUUCCAUUACAGCAGUCCUUGUGCUCUUCCAGAAUUGGAACACAGCUGGUAUUUGAUGUCUGCACUUUCUCCUCUCUAAAAUUUUCUUUGCUGUUUCUGACACAGCUCAUACAGUCACAGUACAGCUAUCGACAGGACAGUGGAGGUGGUCCUUGUAUCAUGACUGCUGUAUCUUUUUCUGUAAGUAGUUGCCAGCACUUUGGUGUUACUGCCAAUGACUUGGUAUUCAUGUUGCAGUAAAUGACAUUUUAGGGAGUGUAGACUGAUGUGUAGACAAGGCCCUCUGUUUAACAGAAAUGAUCUUUUUUUACUAUAAGGUGGUAUUAUAAUGGUCAUAAAAAAGGAUUCACUUCCUCACAUCUCCAAAAUGCAGUCAUUGUGAAUUACAUCUGUUCCUUGAAGCUUACUGAGCUUCCAGAAGCAGUCUCCUCAGAAACUAAGAUCUCACUGCCCUCUUCAUCCUCUUAAUAGGGACCCUUUGACUUGACAUUUUCCUUUGUCCAUGGUGUACCAUGGUACCUGCAUUAUCCUUGGCAUUAUCUUAGAUGUAAUAUCAUAAACUGAGAGAUUAUCCUGCCUGUAUUCAGUGUUUUCAUGCAGCAAUUUUAUUUUUGUUAACGUUCACAGUACUGUAAUAAGUAAUAGACUUGAUGAUCACUCUCACAUCUGUGCCUGCCUUGCAGAUGUGAUCUUAUCAGGGUUCCACUCUGUCAGAUUGCCUUUUAAAAAGGAGGGAAAACAAAACACCACCAAAAAAAAAAGGAAAGAAAUCUGAGGUUUAAAUUUGCUCACAAAAUACCUCGUGGUACAUUUCCCCUUCUGGUGAACCUUUUAAAUCUUUUUUCUUCUGAACUUGACAGGCUUUUAUUUCCAUCUGUUAUGUCCUCUCUAAAAAGAUGUUUGAACUAGCAGUUUUGAGCACAGGACCAGAAGACUGGAACUCCUGAAUUUUCAUGUUGGCCCUUACUCUUCCCUUGCCUUGGGCAAGUCAUUUAACUUUUUUUGCCUUUGUUUUUUCAUCUGUAAAGUGAGGGUGACAAUACUACUUACCUACCUCACAGGGGUUUUGUGAGGAUCAACUAGUAAAUGUUUGUAAAGUGCUUUAAAGAUACAAAAAGCAUGACAGAAGUAUUAUGAGGUUUUUGCAGCAAGGUCGUUCAUUCUUUUUACAGUGUUUGCUUGUAUGGAGAGAGAUAACAUCUUUUAAUUAUUAAAGCCAUCAUACACUCAGAUACUAAAUAGCAACUUGAUGGAGAUUCAGUUACUCAUACUUCUCUGUCUUUAUGCCAGUUUCCUUCUCCUGUUCUUCCUUAUAUAGUUAAGCCAGUGUUGCUACAGGUCACAUGUCUCCAGUUGUACUUUCAGAUAAGCUUCAUACUUGAAGUACCUUGAGCUUGCUGCUUCUUUCACCAGGUCACCAAAUUGGAAUCAGUUUGUGUACUUUUCCCUGCCUUCAUAAAUAGUGUUUUUGGUAAUGUCAUCCUUCAAGUAGACACAUCUUUUCCUGCCAUCAGGAAAGGGAGGUGGUGGCAUGUGGUUCCAGAGAAGUGACUGAUAUGAAGAACCUGGCCACUUUAUGCUGCUGCUCCAGGGAUGAAGGGCAGAGUAGCUUUCUGUUUCCUUCCCUGAACUAAUUUCAGUGUGUAACCAGUCACACUUCAAAUGCAGUGUCUCUUCUUGUCCACGAUGUACAGAAGCCAUCACCUGCCAAUAAAAUGUAGGAACAGAGGGAAUGAUAGUAGAUGCUGCUUGUGUAUAUGCCUUACAGCUCUCCCAGAAUGUCUCUGGGAGGGUGGUGGGGGAAGAGGUCUUCACUGGGUAAAUCUUACAGCUGUCAGGGAACCUCUGCUACUUUCUCCCCUCUCCAAUUGUGUGGUCGCUGUUUCUUCUUUCUUGGAUGUGCGUCUCAGGGAUGUGCAUAUGAGCCCAUGCCUUCUGGAAUUUGGCCUUCAAAACAUCAAGAACAUGGUUUCUGUACCUGAAACCUUCCUAUCUGACACUCCCUGGUCCUCUCUGUCCUGCAUUUGCUCCCUGUGGCCUUAGGAAUAUCUGCCCACUGUUGCAAUAUGCCAUCUGCUUCAUCUCUGCCCGCACUCCAGGUGAAAUGUGCACAGUGAUUCUGCAGAGAAAGAUGCUGAAGCGAUGCAUAUGCAGCUGUGGGAUUUACACACACAUGUGUCUUGGAUUUCUGCCACACCCUGUCUGAAACAUACAGAAUACUGGAUGCACAGUGCUUUUUCCCCCCCCCCCUUCUAGAAAGCAGAAGAAACAGCAGUAUGAGUCUGCUGACGGUAAUUCUGUAAUGUUUACUUUGAAUUCAGUGCUAAGUAUUUUCCCCAAAGAACCGAAAACCACCCCACCUUCUAACAAAAGUAACCAAAUGCAAUCUUCUUGGGGGCAGGGGGAGGAGGAAAAGCAGUGACGAGGGAGCGUUCUGAUCUAUCUUAAUCUCAACCGCUUGAAUGGAUAUAUGAAAUGCUGCUUUGAGUUCCACAAACAUAUAAGGGAUUAUGUUUACAAAGGUAAAUGCCUUCUACCUGUUCAGGAAACUGGCUAAUGGUGGGCAUCAGAAGUUUGGUGAGUUUCUCUUCAUUGCAAACAAGUAAUGGGAGAUGGGUGUGUCUAGAAGAAGAAUGGAGAAAUAAAUUAAUUUCAUCUAGUCUUCUUGGUAAAAUAAUGUCACCUUUCAUCCCUCCUUAGAAAAGGGAGGGAGGAGGUUGCAGAACCGAGAAUCAGUGAUGUCCAAAAUGGCUGGAUUUAGAAAAGGCAGCUUUCCUACUUUGCACAUACAUAGGUAACAGGAAGGUACAGCUAAAGUCCUCUUGCCUGAAACACUGUCCCCCCAGAAGCAGACAUUGUAAUAAUAAAAACAGUGGCUGUUUGUAUAUUGAUGCUAUUUGCAAGUUACCUAUAAGUGUUUGUUUUCUUAUACUUGAAAUGGCUUCCUUUACUAAACUCUUAAUGUAGCUCUGGUUUCUCCCCUCAGUUGCUAGCGUGCAGUAAAGAAAUACACAGGACAAGUGUGAAGAAUGUAGAGGAGACAGAUAUGUCCUGCACCUUAAUUUUUCCAUCCCAUACACAUGCACGUGUUUGAAACUUCCUAAGGGUUUUCCAUGGACACAGAAACUCAGCACUUCAGAAGGUGCUCUUGUAUGGCUGGCUGCCCCCUCCCCUUCUCCUCCUUUUCUCUCUUUUUAUUUUACUUUUUAGUAUAGUGGUACUUAAAAUCACUGGUUCACUUAAAAAGAAAAGAAAACAGCGACAAAACAAACCAACAAUGUUUAAACUCUACUAAUGUACAAAUAAGCUGAAACGUUGCAUUUUAUGUGUAUUUUUUGCCAUAGCAGGUACUGUAUUUCUCAUGCUGGAUUUAGAAAAAAAAAAAAUAUAAAAAAUGGGGGGGAAAAAAAAAGGAAAAACAAAAAAAAAAGGAAAAAAAAACAAACAUACAAAAGGGUGAUGUUUUAUUGGAGUGUGACAAGUUAAGAGUAAUAAGGAAUUAAGUCGUCGUCAUUUCAUUGAAACUGAGAGAUGGUGUAAUACUUAUAUAAGUUUUCUGAAGGUUUUUUUUUUGCUUUUUUUUUUUUUUUUUUUUGCUUUUAAACAGCUUUUUGUUGGGUUUUUGUUUUUUUUUUUUUUUCCGUUUUGGUUUUGUUUUGUUUUGUUUUCGGAAGAUCUGAUUGUAUUAUGUGCAACUCAGUUGCUUACAUUAUAAACUACAAAAUAUUUUUGGGUUCCUGGAAAAAGAAAAAAAAAAAAAAAAAAGAGAGACUAAUAAAUGUGUUUGGCUGCUAAGCAUUUAA